UGUUUGGGUUUCUUCUCCCCAGUCCCUGGCUUUUUGUGUUCUGCCCCAAAUGUCAGCAUGGUGGCAUCUGACAGGCCUCCUUCCAGAACAAACACAGAGGUGAACGUUCCAGAAGGCGUUGAGAAAUCCUGCUGCCGACAGGAAGAAAACAAACCAACUUUCAGAGCCAGCACAAAUAGACUUCUUAUGAGUCAGGUGGCCUACUUCCUGAACUACCGGCUGAAAACAUACAAUGAUCAAAAAGAUCACGAUGAAGAACAGAAAUGCAGAGACAGCAAAAAUAAACUUCUUAUGAGUCAAGUGGCCUACUACCUGGGCUGCCGGCUGAAGACGGAAGUCCCUGGCUUUCUGUGUUCUGCCCCAAACAUCAGCAAGGUGGCAUCUGACAGGCCUCUUUCCAGAAAAAACACAGAGUUGAACAUUCCAGAAGGCAUUGAGAAAUCCUGCUUCGAACAGGAAGAUAACAAACUGAAUAUUGGAGUCAGCAAAAAUAGACUUCUUAUGAGUCCAGUGGACUACUCCCUGAACUAUCGGCUGAAGACAUACAAAAAUGACAAAGAUGAGGAUGAAGAUGUUCAUGUUGUGGAGGCUGAGAAAAUAGAGGAAUCAUAUGCCCCCAGGGAGGUGCAGAAGAUUGAAGUCAAGAAAGUCCCUGAGGACUCACUGGAGAAAUGUGUCAUUACUCGUUCAAAUAGCUAUGGCCCUACUAACUCCAGCCAGCCUCACAGAGACACCAAUGAAAUCACACUUGGGGAAGAGAAUGUCGACUCUGCGCUGGUUGUAGAGAGUGAAUCAUCUCAUGAUGUGGUGGAGGAUGCUCUAAGCAUUCUUUCAGGUGACCUCUACAUUCCUUGUUUUUGGUAUCUCUGUCUAGACUGAGGAAGAUCAACUCUGAAAACAGGCUCUAUACACACAAA